CGCAAGCAGUGCGGCGUGUACAGUACAGUGUGUUCAUCUUUCGAUACCUAUGGAUGUUGAGGUGUAGAAAUAGAGAUCAGUGUAGCAUGAAUCAAAGACAAAAAUUAGAUUAUAAAGUGGAUUAUCGCGUUAUUUAAUGUUGCGAUGUGAGAUCGCCGCUUUUGCAUUACGCGAACAAUGCUGAAAGCGGCCGUACGAAAGUUCGUGCAAGUAUAAACGAUAUAAACAUUAAAGUGAUACUUCGUCUUGUGUCUUUUAUUGACAGUUCAAGGAUCUACACAAAAGACAAAACCUGAUUGCCAAUCAUGUAUGAAGGGAUAUUCGACGAUGUGCGAGAGGUAAAAAACAAUUUAAAAGAAGCCGGUGUUAGUGACAUUGACGAAUCGCGAAUCUUCAACCUCUUAGAAGAACUGAAAAUCCCGAAAAUCGUAUCUCAAAUUCUUAUUGAAGCCAAAGAAUUUAAUGAUCCAGGAUCAAGUAGUCGUACCUCUGGACCCAGCGCAUUCACAUCAUCCAGUGACUUUAUAGACGACCUCGAAGACGACGACCAAAACGAAUCGGAUGUUGAGGUUAUAAAGGAAGUUCGCAAGGAGGAUAAAAUCAAAACUGUAGAUUUAACAGACACGGCAGAGGAAAAUUUCACACCCGAUAACUUCGUCAUCAAAAAACAAGAGCUACAAGAUUCAGACGUCAGCUGGUCUGCACGCGUAGAAGAAAAUAGUAACGACUACAGUAACCCUGAUGAAACCAUAAAUCAAAAUGAUUUUUCAAAUGACUCCGAUGUUGAGAAUUACUAUACAACUUCAGACUACGAAGAUCACGAUGCUGAUAAAAAGGAAACCGAUACAACGAAGACAGAGUCUCCACCUCCUAUCCUGAGCAUACUCAAGGAUCUCUGCGAAAAUUCGAAAAUACCUGAACAACCCGCUGAGCGUAACAUUUUUGAAGAAAAUAUCGAAAUGGAAAACUCGGAGAUUCUUGAAGAAAACAACAAUGAUCCGAACAACAACAACGAUUUGGAGGAAAUUCAGAUGGUCGAGCCACCCCGGCCCAGAAGUCCAGUUGCUGGUUGCAGUAGAGAUUUCGAAGACAGAGAAACGCAACGAAUGCCACAAUUAAUCGAUACUGAAGAUUCCAUCAGUUCACAUAUGGAAUUUAGUCUUUCACCAAGGGCGAUGAAUAGCUUUUUUUCCCAGGACGAGAAUGUUGAGCCUAAGCCGAGUUGCAGCAAAGUGUACAAUGAUGAAGCACAAUCUCCAAUUGAAAAUGGAGAUGAGAGCGGGAAAUUUGAUAGCAGAAAAUCGUCUCAAACAAAUUACGAGCAACUCCUUGAAGAAACACAGGCCAUCAAUCGACUCUUCCCGGACACGAGUGGCGAUGUGAUAUUCUCUAUGUUGGAUAAAUACAAGAAAGCCUCGAACAGAGUCACUAUUGUCUUGUGGGACUUGAUGCCUAGGGAGAGACCAGAACCAAACUUCCCGAAGAAAAGAAAGCGGAACAACGAUCCUUGUCCUAUGGAACGUGAACAAAAGAAAAUUUCCCCUUCAGGUGCAUCAUUAAAAAUUGAUGCCAAUACCAUAAAAAAGAUUCACAAAAAAGUGCGAAGCAGUGAGAAGCGUGCAUCUUCUGAAUACGGCAACUCGUCUUGUUCCAGUGAUGAUUCUGCAUCUGAUCAAACCUUCCCUGAUUUAAAUAAUUCCGAUUUAAAUCAUUCUGAUUUAAAUAAUUCGAAUAUAAUAGCAGGAUCUAUAAUCAGAGACGUACAAAACCAUCAGCACAGGGAUGGCAAAGUCAAAGGUAAAAGCUUGCUUCGAUCCUGCGUCAUACAACCAUCGAAGUUUAAUUUUCAUUCCAAGCCAGUUCCUAAAAAUGAGCUGAGGCCCGUGCAAAAGAAUAUCUUAACGCCGCCCAAGCUCAUUAUUAAUCAGCAAGAAAAGGAGUCAAAUUUUCAGCAGGCUAUAGCAAACCCUACGAAGAGAAAACUAACAUCACCGACGAGGGAACUUACAGAUGAGGGUUUUGUAGUUGAGGGUUCCGAAUCUGCGAACACGUUCCCUAAUGAUCCUGCGACCCGCAUUCCUAACGUCAUACCAGAGAUAUUCCAACCUUUCGCAAUAGCAGCGAAGGCUAGGAAUUUUCAAGUAGCUGCUGAAGCAAACGUUGAAAAAAAUCAGUACAAGCUUGAGCAAAAUAUCAGGGAUGCUCUAAGAAUAAAAAUUCGGAAAUCCAAAAAUGCAGAUAAUGUGGAUCAGCUACAAGUGGUGAGAGUUAAGUCUGAUGCCACACGUUCAGACCAGACUACUAAAAAUCCAAUUCCUCUUCCUGAAGUUCUAAGAAUCAAAUUGCAAAAAUCCGAAAAUCCAGAUAAUGUUGCGCGACCAUUAGUUCCCAAAGUUAGGUCUGAUCUCGCACAUUCAGAACAGACUGCUAACAACUACGGUCCGCUGAGAGGUUUUCCCCAUUCUUUCGAUACUGCGAGGGAGAAUCCACUCCCUCCAGUUCCAGUGAGAGAGACUCCGCUUAUUCCAAAUACACUAAGGGCGAUUUCACUUCCUCCUCCUCCAGCAAGAAACCUGCCACCUCCUCCAGGAAAUCGUUAUCUCUAUGAUCCAAUGUCAAGACCUGGAUUCAAGAAGUUUGGUCAAAUCCAAGCACCGGUUGUUAAUUUUACGACCUCGGGCAUAAACGAGUUUAUAAAAGAGUACUUGCCAAAUGACAAACUAGAUGAACCCGCUCAAUUGGAUUUCCUCAAUCCCCGUCUUCAACACCAUUUUUAUCAAACGCCACGAAUUACGAGGCCUCCGCCUUAUGUUCCUGCGCCGAUAAUUAAUCAAAAUGGUUCCGGGCCAUCGACCAGUUCCGCAAAUCCUGGAAGAAUCAAUGACAAUACACCUGUGAUAAUUGCUGGUCCCUCAUCUGCAAAUUCUGGGAUGAAAAGAACGAUUGAAAAUAGAGAAAUUCCUUGUCGAGACACUUAUUAUAAACUGAGAGGAAUUUUUCCCGAUGUCAAUCCGGAAUUUAUUAAAGAGAAGUGCGUCAAUCCUCCAUUCAAUGUGAAUGGGCUUAAUAAAGAGCAGCAAUUGAAUAUGCUUGUGGAAAUUUUGCUGACUGAAGGAACAGAUCACUUCCAUGUUCCAGCGAUGAAAGAAGAACCCGGCAAUGUGGUGGUCGAUAAGGAUGAGCAGUAUGAAAAUCUCUUGAGCAUUUUUCCUCAGGCCGAUCCAACUUAUUUGCGGGACUUUGUUGAUAAAAAUCAUCAUAUUCCGGAUAGUCUGAAGGACUUUGUGGCGAGGAAUUUGGAACAUCCGAAUUAUCCCACGAGAGAUGACUAUUUGAAGAAGAUCAAAGUCACCGAGCAAAUUAAGCAGUAUACGACGGAGUUCGAUAUUAAGAAGUUUCUGCAAAUAUUCCCGGAUCCCGUUUCUCACUUUGAGAAUCCAGAUAGAACGUGCGAGUACAAUGCUGUUGUGUACGAGUUUUUGAAGGAAAUCUUCUGCAAGUAUAAGGUCGUCACUAUAUCUCAAGCUUAUAGGAAACGAAAGCAUCAUUUGAGUUUAACCGCGAGUGAUUUGAGAAGAAUGUUACCUGACAUGAAAAACAAACGAAAUUCUUCGGUCAUUCCCAUGGAAAAUAUUCCUCUUCUUCAAGAAAUGGCCUAUGUUCGUCACAAAAAUCAAAUUGUCGCUUACCUCGAGGAAAUCAAGAAAACCGAGGAAAGAGAAUUUAACGAACUCAGGGAAAAAGGUAUGCUGAUCGAGUGUCAAUGUUGCUUUAAUGACGAAUGCAUGCCAAGUAAAUGUGCGACCUGUGAAAAAGGACAUCUUUUCUGUCACGCGUGCAUUCUCAGAGGAACUGAAUCGAAAAUGGGUGAUGGUCAGACUCACAUCACUUGUUUUGCAAACUGUGAUAGCGAAAUCAGCCUUUCAGUGCUGCAGGAGGUAUUACCUCCAACGACAUUCAGUAUUCUUUUGAAAAAAAGACAGGAAGCGGAGGUCAAGGCGGCAGGAUUAGAAGGACUUGUGUCUUGUCCAUUCUGUCAUUUUGCCUCGAUCCCUCCACCCGAAAGCAAAGUCUUCAAGUGCUUAAAUCCAGAAUGUAUGAAGGAAUCUUGCCCCCUCUGCAAGGAAUUGAAUCAUGUGCCUCUGAAGUGUGACGAAGUCAUGAAAUCUGACCAGGCUCGACGUCAUUUAGAGGAAAAAAUGACUGAAGCUUUGGUCCGAACUUGUUACCAGUGUCAAAAACAAUUUUUCAAGGAGGAAGGUUGUAAUAAAAUGACUUGCGUUUGUGGUGCUUCCAUGUGUUAUCUCUGUUCCACGCCCCUUAAGCAAGGAGAAUAUUCUCAUUUUAACGGACAGGGAUCAGCCUCUUCAAUGUUGUGUCCACUUUGGAGUGAUAAUAGGAGAUUGAAUGCGGAAGCUGUGAGAAAAGUGGCAGAAGUGACCGAGAACGAAAUUAAGAAGAUGAACCCGAAUUUACAGUUAAAUGCGCAAGCACUUUUGCCCGUGUUACCACCAAAGACCAGAGGUCCGCAUGAUGACAUUCCAAAUGCUAAUCAACUGCCCGAACAUGUAAGAAGAGUGGCGCACAUCAAUCCAUAACGGCUUUUGUGAAACGAAUUUAAAGUGCCAAAGACUUUUCUCAGGUUGGGAGUGCGGAAUGUGCCAUUCCAAAAGUGUUUUUAAAAAUUUUUUUUUUACGUCAACUAUGAAAUUGUGCUUGAAGCUAAGGAAUUCUUGAGAAACGAACCGUAUGCGAGUUGUUUGAUGAAAGAAGAAUGUCCGGAAGUGUGGUUCAAGGUAGUUUCAAUUCAAUAUCUUUAAUUUCGUAAUUUUACAGGAAGCGUAACAUUUGGAAUACAGAAUGUUGAAUUAAAAUUAAGUAAAACUUAAAAUCCAGUUGAACUUGAAAUCGCUCAGUAACAUAAUUUUGAAUUUUUUUUUGGCUUUCAUAUACUGAGUUUAAUACUACCUUACAUGAUUAUUAACAUUUAAUAAAUAGAUCAAAUGAAGAGAUAAAAAUAUUUGGUAUGCCAGAUGAUUUUUUAAGUAGGUUACGAUUUUUUUUUUAGGUUUUUAAGGUUUAAUCCAAUAUUUGUAAGUCUAGUAUUAAAAAAGGCUGAUACAUUUACCUAGAGUAAGUCAGUCAUGCAAAAAGUACCUGAGAAUAACUAGACAGAGUUAUUUUCCUAAAAUGUGUAAUGGUUGGUCGGCGGGGUUAGCUGUUUCGUUGAUUCGGGAAUUCACGAGUCUACCUAUUUGUAAGUGAUAAAGUCACUGGUCUUAAAGAGAUUUUUGUCUUGUAUUUUUGUUUAUUGCCUGUGAAAGAUUGAUAUACUGCACAAUAGAGUGAGAUAAAUAAUAAUAAUAAUAAUAAUAAUAAUAAUAAUAAUGUUCCUCCGCAAAUAUAAACGCAGCAAAUGCCAAUAGUUAAGUGUAAUAUGUGAAAAAUGGGGCAAAUCGUUAUCAGAAAAACGAUUCUGAUUACCAAAUGUGACAUUUUAUCUCCAUGACCAUCGUAGGCGAAAAGACUGUUCAAAUUAAUAGGAAUCCGUUCAAGCUGGUCAGGUUGAGGGGUUCUAUGAUUAAUUAAAAUAAUUAUUCCUAGGAAAGCCGCUAUUUUGUUUUGUCUUGUAAAAGGUCUAAAGAAAUGAAAAAUAAGUUUUAAAGAUAUUCCGUAAAUUUUGUACGGCGUUAAUUAGGAUCAAUACAUUUUUAUAAAAACG